AAAAAGCCAGCUCUUUCCGAUAGCUUCUCUAGUUACGAGGCAAUUCACGCAUUGUUACUAAGAUUUUAUAAUUUGCAUUUUACAUAUCUAUUAUGUAUCGUUUUAUAUUACUGUGUGGUAUUUUAUUAACGGGGAGUCAGUAUUCAGCCGGUAAUCCGCUGAGCUCCACCGCGUACGAGUAUGUACAGGAGGCGGAUGCUUGGCUGCGCCUGCACAUCGUGCCUGCUACGUGGUCGGACGCCGUCGCACGCUGCCAACUCGAAGAUGGUGUGUUGGCAGCUCCAACAACAAAGGCCGUGGCAAAGGCGAUGUUAAGCGCGAUGGAGAAGCACAAACUAACUUCGAAAGGGGUGUUUAUUGGAGCAACUAGCCUUUUCUCCAAGGGAGAGUUUAGAACGUUGAACGGAGAGAAUCUCGCUGACAGCUUGGAAUGGGCCUCGGGUGAGCCGGACAACACUGGCGACGCCGAGGACUGCCUAAUGCUGACCGGCAAGGGUGCUCUGGCUGACGUCAGCUGUUCGAGAGUGCUGCCAUACUUCUGCCGCAAGAACGUUCACAACUGCUCCUCUGUAGAAGGAGUCACAAGUGCCAAACCUCUGCUGUUAUGUGGGCUUGGCUACCAUUGGUACACCAGCACCGGAAGCUGCUACAAGUUCCACGGAGCAUCCAAACCCUGGCGCCUCGCCCUAGCCACGUGCCACUCCGAUGGCGGUCACUUGGUCGUCAUCGACAGUGAAACUGAGUCUGAUGUCCUUAAGGAAAUUUACGAAGAUAACUUUGACACAAUCACCGGGGCAGACCAACCUAGACACGCCUUGAUUGGCUUCAGGAAGUAUGAUGAUGGCGAGUGGGCGACCAUAUUCGGUGAAACGCUCGCAGAAGCCGGGUUCGCAAAAUGGGACUCCGAAGAACCAAGCAACGGCAACGGAGUAGUGAACGAGUACUGCGGUUCCAUGCACAUCAACGGCUUGUUAAACGAUGCUUCUUGCUCGUGGAAGUCGCCGUUCAUUUGCGAAAUCACGCCUACUUUAUUGUUAUAAUGAAUGUUUUUUAGGGCCACUUGCACCAACGAAAGUAGAGGGUUAGCCCACCAUUUUAUAUGGAAUUUGACGGCUGACAGCCCACUAACCCUGAGUUAAGUGAUUGGUGCAAAUGGGCCUUAGUGAUGCAACAAUAAAGUAAACAAGAACAAACAUA